AGUGCUCGAAGAGUAGCGUCGUCAGCUCGUCGCAUCAUAUAUAUAUGUAGCAUACGGCAGUACAGUAGUGUGUAGUUGCGGCCUGUGCGAUAGUCGUCGUAGUCGCGCGCGCCUUUCGAGGCCUCUUCCAUUGACGCGCGCUCGUCGACCCGCAAAGCUACUCUCUGUGUGUGCACUGCUCUCUCAUUAUUGUCAUACAUAUAAUACACUGUGCACGUCGCCUAUCAAACGCGCGAGAAGCAAAGUACGAAAAUCGCAGUGGUAGUGCAUCGAGUUGUUGUCAUUGUGUACUAGACAGCAGCAGCUUAUAAUGUCUUCGGUCAUCAGGCGCGACGGCCAGCAUCUGGCCAGGAGAUGGCUCGGCUCGUCGACGUCCUGCAGCACCGACUUGGCAGCGUCCAAAGUCUCGAGAGAUCGCAUGAGGCGAAGCUACGACAUGAUGCUCGAAAAAUGCAAAUCGAAAAAAUUGCCCCAGGACGUGAACGCGCGCGGCGUCUUCGCCUGCAACGAGCUCGAUCUGCGCGAGGUGCAGGUCUACGGCUUCGAUUACGACUACACGCUGGCCUGCUACAAGCCGAGCAUGGACUAUCUGCUCUACAAGCUGGGCCGAGACAUGCUCAUCAAGAAGCACAAGUACCCCGAGGGCAUAGCCGAUCUCGAGUAUCGUGACGACUUCGCGGUGCGAGGCCUGCACUACGACAUCGAGAAGGGCCUGCUGCUGAAGCUCGACAGCUUCCUGCAGAUCCAGCUCGGGGCCGUUUAUCGGGGCUUGAAGCCCGUGCCCGACGACGAGGUGCUGAGGCUCUACAAGAAUCGCAUCAUACCGAUCGCCUACGUCGAGGCGCCCUACAAACACCAUCACAGGGACGGCGUCCGGCGCACCAAAAUGGUCCAAUUGGCCGAUCUGUUCUCGCUGCCCGAGAUGGGCUUGCUGUGCAACGUCACCGAGUACUUUUUGCAGAAUCACAUCGAUUUCCAUCCCGAAAUUCUCUUCCGAGAUGUCAAGAAUUCAGUACAAAGCUGCCAUCCGAUAAUGCACAAGUUAGUGGUGGAAAAUGUCUCCGAGUACCUCGAGUCGAAUCCGGAUCUCAAUCAAUACUUCGACCGGCUCAAGGCUGCCGACAAGAAAAUGUUCCUCGUAACGAACAGUCCUUUUCACUUUGUUGACAAAGGUAUGCGAUUCCUCGUGGGCGACGACUGGAAGUCGUACUUCGACGUGGUGAUCGUGCAGGCUCGGAAGCCUCGCUUUUUCACCGAAGAGUCGCGGCCGCUGCGCAUCUACGACGAGAAAAACGAGACCCAGCUCUGGGACCGGGUCACCAAGGUCGAGAAGGGCGUGAUCUACCUCGAGGGCACGGUCAAGCAGCUGCAGGACACGACGGGCUGGCGCGGCCAUCAGGUGCUCUACUUCGGCGAUCAUCCGUACAGCGACCUCGCGGACGUGACCCUCGAGCACGGCUGGCGCACGGGCGCCAUCAUCAAGGAGCUGGCCCACGAGAUCGAGACCCUGAAUCAUCCGACCUUCAAGCGGAACGCCAACUGGCUGCAGAUGCUCACGGCCCUGAUCGAGGACCACCAGAAUGUGGACGGGCCCGAGGCCGAGGCCGAGCUCGACGCCUGGAUACAGGAGCGCGACAGGCUGCGCAACGAGAUCAAGCACGUGUUCAACGAGCAGUUCGGCUCCGUCUUUCGCACCUAUCACAAUCCGACCUACUUCUCGCGUCGGCUCUUUCGCUUCGCCGACAUCUACAUGAGCUCGAUCACGAAUCUGCUCUGCUACUCGCCGACCCACACGUUCUAUCCGCGACGCGGCGUCAUGCCGCACGAGUACAUGAGCUAUUUCAUGUAAACGAAACCAACAAGAAAAAGAAUCGCUGGCUCGCGAAGGCGCAUUCUGUACUCGCUUUGAUUAAGAUGCAUCCAUUGUUUUCCUCUUAUUUCUUUGUAAAUAUAACCCUCAGAUUUUCUCCUCCGUCGUCCGAGGAAUUUGAAGGAGCCACGAUUCGUCGCGCGCAUUGUCUCUCUCUCCUACUAUACGAUUGAACAAAAACAUGAAAGUAACUCUCUUACAACUCGAGUGUGUGUGUGUGUGUGUGUGUGUGUGUGUGUAAAAAAUUGAACAUCCUUUAAGUUUAGUCUCAAUAAACUUCACGUGUGAGCGAAUGUGCGUGUAAAAUCAAUUUAUAAUGUUGUAUCGUUUGACACAGCGAAAGUCAAUUUUCACAGUACGAUUUUACGUUUUUUUUUGUUAUACAAUCCCACCUUUGCCCGCACCUGAAUUAUUGAUGUGAUGCAGUGUCGUGUUUUAUGCACGAUACGUAAAGAAGUGUAUAUUUUUGUAACUAAUUACACGAUGUAGUUUUUUUUGCUUUAUCGCCGGGGAUAAAUGCUUGAAUUUUUUUUUGAAAUUUAUUUGGAUAGUGAGUUUAGAAUUUGUUAUCACUCGAUCGAAAUUGUUCGAAUGAAUAUACGCUUUGUUAUGAAAAAAGUGCCAUAUAUGUAUCACGAUGACAAUAUUUUCUUGUAUAUAUUAGAUCAUAUAGUGUAAAAAAACAUACUGUAAGUGUGAAAAAUGAAUUUGAAAGUAGUUUGAUAACUAUCAUUUUGUUGAUGUAUAUGAAAAAAAAUUUAGCGAAAUAUAAAUAAUGAAUUCGAAUGAAUUCUUAAUUGACGUUGAUUACAGUUAAAUAGUCCAUGAUUUCAAAGCUGCAGACAUAUCAGCUCGCGAGGACUUUGAGCUUUGAACUUUUUAGACGAGAUAGUGUGUCUAGUGAAAGAGUACAUUAUAUAGGGUUUUUUCAAAACUACAUGAGAUAAUUGAAGAUCAACACGGUCUCAUUGACGUGUAAAAUUUUUUGAAAUAGUCAUUUACGUUUAACUAGGAAACUGAAAAGAUUGUGACAUCUAUAUAUAAAUUGAAAAAUAAAAUUACUAUGAGUGUGAAUAGCCAAAUAAUGUUUGUAAAAGCGAUCGACGCACCCACAGUUUAUCUGCUUUAAUGAAAUUAAAGCAUUGAAACAUUAUAAAAGUUUCAUGAGUGAACUUAAAAUAUAUUUAAUUGGUGAAUUUACGAUACAAAAAUUUUCUCAUUGAAAAUGAAACAUAUUGAAAGACUCAAAAAAUGACUAUCGUAAAUAUCAUGGUACAACUUCGUGUAAUUAGAUCUAACAACUUGUCAAUCGAAUAACAUUGCCAAUAAAAAAGCCAAUUUGAACCAACAAA